GGCAAACUCAUUCAAAUUUGAACUAUUACAAUUUUGCUAUUGGAGUAAAAACAGCCAUGACAUUGUUCAUUAUUAUAUAAUGAUGAAUGAAUGUGACAGUCAAGCAACUGAUAAUUUCAAUGAAGAAAGAGAAUCUUCAUCAUGUAAUGAAAAAGAAGGUGCUGCUAUCAAUGCGAAUUGUUCUAGUGAUGAGGGAGGUCCAACAAUGGGUGUUGAAGAAGGUGAAUUUAAAAGGAUAUCGGACUUGACAUCAGAUGAGGUAUGUGCACUACAGUUUGAUAAUGAAGAGGAUGCUUAUCAAUUUUACAGCAAGUAUGCCAAAUGUCGUGGA